CGCUCAGUGACCACCCAACCACCGCCUAACGUGUUUUCCACGCCACUACGCCAUUCUCUCCUCUAUCCGCACAUGGAUUAGUUUUCUUGAAAGCUUCUUUUCUCUAUCUUUUUCAUCUGGAUUCUACGAUGCUUUGUGAAUGUCUCGUAGGCCACGCCCCCCCACCCUCUCUAACAGGACUAUAACUUGAUGCGGAUCCACUUAGCCAAGUAUUCGAGCUUAAGGGCCUGGAGUGGGACUGUGAUGCGUGGCGUCCCCGCGUUUCCCGAGCGUGGCGUGUAGGGUCGUGGUGCAGCGUGCAGGAGACUGUACUAUGUGCCCUGCGUGUCCCCGGGAGUGUUGCGACCUUCCUCCCACACUCCCUGCCACGCUCCCUCGGUUCAGACAACUCCCUCAGGCCUGCACCACGAAACACAUGAGCAAGUCCUCUCCUCCCGAACAAACCUCAAGACACACGCGUCUGCUUCUAUAUGAAACUCAGAGCAAUUACUUGUAUUUACGCCCUCGAGGACUGCCUGUCGUGGAGGAAGACUGCGAACCUCAGAGCCGCGGAGAGGAAGAGCCCUGCUCCGUCGGGGCGAGACCGUCUGUGCUAGACGAAACGAGUACAGUUCAAACUAUGUGUCGGGCGGAAGACAGGCUCCGCUCAGAUCUCCCGCAGGAGGCACCCUGCCCAAGCUCCGUCGUCAGUAGGAGCCUUUGUGGGAGGGAGACCCUCUCACACACCCCCGCCGCUCCUAGUGGCACGCUUUGUGUAGCACCCUCAGGACGCUAUUUGCUCAUGUCUCUGGUCCUGUGCCUCCUGCUGGCGGGAGGCGCAAGUGGCAGUGAGUUCCCCGACAGAGAGUGUUGCGACAGCGUGCCACCGCCGCCGCCGAACUACCAUCACGCCACAUCCACCACCACUACCACCACACCGCCCUCGCCCAGGGCCGCCAACAACUCCUCCUCCGCCAAUGGGGGGUCCCAUGCGUCCAGCGGCGUCAUGAGCUGCAUUGAAGCCCGAGGACAGUGCAGCAAUGAGCCCAUGUGUUCCAGUGUUCUCAAGAUGCUGCACAAAAUCUGUGGCCCGGAACUUAUGGCAUGUGCAACGGUGACGCCUUCCAAAUGUAAACAGCUGUUACGGACGCUAAGCACGUUUGAGUACCUCUCUUCGUGCUCCUGCGCUGAACCCAACGUCGACUUCACCUGUUACACGUUCAGGGAGACGAUCUUCAAUCAUCCGUGUCUAAGCGUGGAUACUGACGAAAAGAGCCACUCCACGAUGCCCAAUUGCAAGGAGGCCUACAGGACCUGCUUCGACUCGCAGUCUUGCACACGCGAUUACUUGGAUUUUCUAAGUGCUUGCUCCUCCGACGGGAUCACGUGCCUCUCAAAAACUCCCGAACACUGCAACGAGUCAUGGAAGAAAAUCCGCCUUUCGCCCGUGUUCGGCUGCGUGUGCCACCCGCAGAGCCAAAUGCGGGUCCUGGCCUACCGCAACGAGGGCCUGGACAGCGGCUCGUUGAGGAACUACUCGCCCAAGGGAUUCGAGAGUUUGCCCAAAUUCGGAGGCGGUCUGACCUGCGUGGAGAUCUACAACAGCACGCACGACAACCCUUGUAUUGUUGGCCAGGAUGCGCAGAGGGUGGAACAGGUCCACACAACGCAGGCGACGUGCCACGUGGCCCUCGAGAAGUGUCAAAUGGACAGAGAUUGUCGCCCCUACCUCGACAGGGUGAUGGUGUGGUGUGAUCACGCCCACUGCGAGCCAGACCGUUGCAGAUCCGCCCUUCAAGAGUUCUAUGAGCGCGUGAGCAUCAUCAGGAGACUCCAGGUCGCCUUCUGUGUCUGCAGGCAAAAUGACCCCGACGGAGAGUGCCUGACUGCCAUGCGGAAGCUCCACCCGACUUGCGCUGAACGUCAUGCUGGGAGAGGAUCGGCCAAGUGCCAUGUGGUCGCCGAGCAAUGCCGAACUAAUCGCGCCUGCAGAGGGAAGCUCGAGGAGUACGAACAAAAGUGCGCAGCGGACGCCAUGACAGGCCGUUGUUCAGACACUCACCGCAACUGUCAGCAAGCAGUCAUGAACAUCUUGGGCACGGAGCUUCAUGCCACCUGCGUCUGCAAAGGCACAGACUUCAUCCACCAGCACGAUUGUUACACAUGGCAGAAACUGCUCUGGUCAAACCCCUGCGUCAUCGAGUCCCACAUCAAGCUGCACGAGGAGAUCGCGGCCGGAGACACCGAGGAGCUGGACAAGAUCUUCCAGCGGCCGCCCACCGUGCGGACGACGAUUCCCCCGAAGGCGCCGCCGAUCCCCGAGGACGACAAAUACGGCACCAUCGUCUACAACACCGACUAUGACAACGCGCCCCCGUCGAAGACCUACACAGGGGAAAUGGAGCCCCGGAUAAACUCCCCGCGCACACAUGGAACCAACGCAUGGUCCAACAAGUAUCGCAAGACGGUAGUGAAAGUCAACCCUAAUGGAGGGCUUAUGGUCGCCCGGCCUGGCACCUCGUCUUUGGGAGACCGCGUCUUUGGGAGGCACCGGGGCACGGUCAUCCCAAGGAAGGAGACCAAUUAUCCGCCAGUCAUCAGGCAGGGCACAUUCGACCCCAUCUACCCCGAGCCGGAGCAGUUCACCCGCCAGCCGCACAUACACAGACAGAGCUCCCCGCGCCCCUACGAGCCCCGCAUUAUCACGCCCACUCCGCCCACCCCGCCCGCGCCCACGAGCAUCGCUUCGACUACAACCCUUGGCACGACAACCCUACCUCAACGCACUUGCACAAUCAAGAACAUGGAAAACGAACGCAUGACGACGCUGCGGAUCCCGGAGGGAGGCAGCAGGCGGUUAUACAAAGACAAGGACUGCUCGGAACUUUGCCAUUGCCGAAGCAGCGAGUCGCGCCACGGAGAUCCGGAGGCCACGUGUUUCACCCUGACGUGCGUUAACACCUCGUCUUGCCUCACAGAGCAUGCAACUUUCCUGCACACGAUGCCGCACUACCUGGCUUACAGAGGCAAUUGCGUGUGCUAUGCCGGGAAAUUCAUUUGUCAGAAACCCGAGCCAGGUGAGGACUCGUACAACCUUCAGCCGGGCAUCUACCUCUUCCUUGGAUACAGCCAGGGCGAGAUGGAAAUCCUGAAGCCCUACACGGAGAGCACGGAACUGGAGGCUCUCGAGCAGAUGAAAGAAGUCCUUGCGAGAGACUAUGGAUUCAAGUGCAACCUGACAACCAAACACCACAUCGGGGAGAACUUCAUCGUGGUAGCUAAGCUGAUGGUUAGCCCUGACACGUACAUAAGCCCGUUUGUCAAGCAGCGCAGAGAGAGGGAGGAGUGCGCUGGCCCGCUGCAGAAGCUGGCGGAAAAGAUCAACAUGCGCCACGUGGACAUCCUCACCGACGCCUACCUGUCCAUGUUCAUCCUGGCCGACGUCGACGUGAGCAUCCCCGAGGCCCACACCGCCUCCUCCUCAGCCGAGUUCCUCCGCGUCAGCCCCGGAUCGACCCUGUUCAUGACGCUCCUGACGAUGCUGACGGCUUACGUGUUGACCUUGGGACACCUGGUCGUGCUGGUGGCGCCCGCAAGAGCCUUGCGUACCACCUGACAGUCAUGUUAAGACACUCGUGAGAAAGAUUUUACAGUGUGACACGCACAAACACGCCAAGUUAUUAUCCUGGACUUAACAAACUCUUUAAAACCAUGAUGAAAGAAGCAGCCGUGUCUUGUAACGAGGCAGUCUUUUAAAAGCAUAGUAUUUUUGAUAAGUUCUCUAGAGGACAUAUUAGUCUGUAGUGAGGUGUGUGACAGUGUAUAAUAAUAUUUCAAGUUCAUUUAACCAUACGCUAUAUUUUUACAUCACUUUGUCAGAUCCACAAGUGCUUUGAUCCAGGACUGGAGACGCAGACUGUCUCAAGUAUAGGACUGAGUGCCAAACAUGAUACGACUUCAUAACACGAUAAGCGACGGGAUUUAGCGCACGGACGUAACACAUGCUGGUGACGGGACAUGAAUUUCCUGCUGAAAGUGACAGGGCUGCGCGACAAACCCGUUCGAGCGGAGAGUCGCGGGUUGUCUUCGCGCUCUCUCAGUCCGGAGGAAGGUUGGACGAUAUUUAUCCUGGAAAAGAGACAAAGCAAAGAAACAAAAGGAAUGGGUAGAGAGUGACUAUCUUUUGUUGGAUGAGUUACUCCAUCCUCCUAGUUUGGAAGACAGCAAGAGAAACGCCGCUAAAAUGGCUAAGCGGACGGUAGAUACGUGUUUCUAGAGGACUGUCUGGCUCGUAAAUCUCUCUCAGUAGGAUUCCCGGAAAUUCCCUUGCUUAAAAUUUCACACCUAAAAAGAGAAAAGAAAAAUCCACAUUUGCUGAAGCUCCUACCUAACCCCCUCCCUCCCUAUCUCCCUCCCUUCCUACCCCCUCUCCUUCCCCAGAUAACGUAGGAUUUUUUCCAUCCCUACAUUACGUCCCGAACCGACGCCUUCCUUUGCAGUGCACACUCCCCGCCGACAGCCAGCCACUCUCCCUCCCCCGCCCCUAGUACCUCAGAGGGAAAGCACCGACGCAGAAGUCCUCCUCGGCUUCCACAAACUUCACAGCCUUUAUCUCUCCGGCGUCCUCCUCCCGUUCCCCUCACCAGCAACAAUUCGUACGUCCCAGCCGACCCGCGCGGUAAAGUCCUGGGUGAAACUUUCCUAUGAUAUCCUGUACAUGCACAGCUUUUCCCCUGCCGUUGCAGAUUUUUCGUUUUUUUGGUUUCUGUUUCCGGGAUUUUGCUUAAACUCAACACUUUUGCUUUUAAAUAUUUGCUGUCUCUCUCCACCUGCAGCGGAUGUCCUGUAUUUUGGACGUGAAAGUGGCACUACUUAUUUCUUUCAACAAUAGAUAACGAUAUAUAUCAGCAAUACCCGGCACUGCUGUUUUAGGCUUUGGCAGUCCUCACUACCUUAUAUACCCUUAUGUAUCGCGGCGAUCGAAAUCAAGUCCUUAAAAGAUAAGUUCCUCCUGUUCUCAGAUGGAGUUUUUUUUAUUUUCCUUUCACACCGUCCAUCGAGCUUCGUGGCACACUCACGCCCUUCCAUCCUAUCACCAUCACUAUAAAUGUCUUUUAGCCUUCUUCAUACCUUUGCUCAGAGUCCGUAUGACAGUCAAGUCAUUAUACUCAACUUAUUUCAUCUUUUUAUGACAAAAACUCGCCCACAGUCUAAGCCAAUCAUGGGCAGGAGUAAUUAUUCCCUCAAUUAAUAAUUAGAGUCAGUUACAAUCUUCUUUCAACUUGAUUUAAAGUAAAAAAAAAAUAAAAAAUAAAAA